UUGCCAAUUUUCGUAUGUUUUUCUUUAUUUGUUCCAUAGGAUUUCUUUGCCGAAAAUGCACUACUACUUGCAGUAUCUCUCUGAGUAUCAUAACCUUGAGUUUGCCUUGUUUCCUCUACCAUGAGUCUAGAUGACAAAUUUGACAAUGUUUUGUCCACAUUUGGUAUCGAAUCCCAUGCACUGUAGAAAUGUUUGUAAUUUUCUGGCAAAGUCAUUAGUAUCUUAGUCAUAAGCAUUGAGUCGGAUGUUUAUUCACCUAACUGCUUUAAUUUUCUACUAAGACUCUCCAAUUUCGAAAUAUGAAUCGCCAUAUUGUCAUCUGGGUCUUUAACAUAGCUGUAGAACUUUUGUUGAAUCAAUGUUACACUCGAGUCCGACUUUUGUUCAUAUACACUAAGCAACUUGUCCCACAUUUCCUUAGCCGUGUCACAAUUCAUUAUGUACUGCAGUGGUUGUUCAUCCACUGACGUGACUAUAUACUUUUGAGCCUUGUUGUCCGCUUUUUUAUAUAUUGAAUAAUCUACACCAUACCUUUUUCUUGCAUCUUCUUUAGUUUCUGAACUUGAUUUGUUAAGAACAGGUUUUUUCGAAUUUCCGGUCACAACAUCAAAUAUAUCGGCUGCAGUCAUUAUGACUUUUAUUUGGAAUUUCCAUGUUUCCCAAUUUUCAUUACCUGUUAGUUUAUUUAUUUUUAUAGAUUCGUUUUCCAUAAUAACGAAUUAUCUGUACACUGUCUGUACACUAUAAAUGUAAUAAUAACAAACACAGUUUCUGCGCUUCACACGAUCGAUGCACUAACACUGCACUGCACUAUACUUCACGAAUUAUUAUUGCUGUACACUGUCUGUACACAAACACGCGAUUCGUAAAUCAAUAAUUAUAGUAUCAAACAUACACGACUCUAUUAUAAUUACCGUACUACUGGGCCCAUAACCUGUUAAAGUACACCAGAUAUACAGAAGCUAAAGGUAAAUAAUAAUAAGAUCGGAUAUAUGUAAUAAUAUAAUAAUAUGUAUAAUUGAAACGAAUAACUAUAGUGCUCCGAGGCGUAAUAUAAAACAACGACUAAUUGUCCUACAGACUACUACAUAGAGAGAAUAUGCUAGUUAUACAAAAUGCCUAUUCAGCGUCUGCCGAACUACAGUGUGAAUAAUUUUACUUAUAAUCUACAUACUAUAUGGUGUGUUGUUUACAUUCAACAAUACCUAUUAUUGAAUAACAUACAACGAUAUCAGAAUCUUCCCACGAAAUACUAUCAUACCUAUUAGUGAAUAACACGCAUUAAUAACCAAUAUAUAUAUAUAUAUAUAUACUAAAAAAUACCCUAAUCGCUUACAAACAAUAAUAAUUAAGUAAAUACCUAUUAUUGAAUAUCAUACAAUGAUAUCAGAAUCUUCCCACGAAAUACUAUCAUACCUCGCUCAACCGAUUGAUAGACCGAGCGUUAUACAGUAUGCACCACCUGCAGUCAAUACACCUCAGGGGAGUAUUCAGAUUGCACCUCAAAUUUUUGUCCCCGAUACACCUCCCAGUUGUUCGAGUACAUCAACUGACAUAUCUCUAUCCGAUGAUGAUAUUUGUAUGACAGCUAUGGACGAAUAUGAAGUUAAUACAGAUUCUUAUACAACUACGAACGUUAACGGUAAACGUGUAUCCACCGCCAACACCACGUCAGCUGCUAAGGCAAAGAAGGCACGCAUGAGCUUAGUACAAUCCAACGAAUUCGUUGAGAUUUCAUCGUCCGCCAACUGUAAAAUCGUUUGGUACUACGCGAAAAAUAUAAAUAAUAUAACGAUUUAUUCUGAGUUUCUCCGCUCACUCAAGUCUGAGCUUAAAAAUUUGAUUAAAGUCAGCGUACAAAAACAUGCUAUUAAAUUCAAUCUAAAACUAGAGGCAACUUACAGCAGACCAAAUAUAUUAAAUUCAUCGGAAAAUAGAGCGUUUAAAACAAUAGCAGUGGAAAUAUUUAUAGACAGCAAUAUUUCAGAAAUUAUAGAAAAGGCGAUUGUUAAGUUGUUGGAUGAACAAGAGACAUAUAAAUCGCGUGGAAGUGGGUUCACAUUAGAUUCUAUAGACGGGUUAUUGGUAACCAUAUAUAGAUAUACUCCGAUGGGUGGAUCAUCAUACAUAGCGUUACCAGCGUAUAUAGAUAGAAAACGGGGUACAAUUAACCCUUAAAACAAUGAACAACAAUGUUUUAAGUGGGUGAUACUAGCGAGGCAUGUGACAGGGCAGGCCGUAUGUCGAGUUGGAGAAAAUUAUACUCAACAUGAAGCUAAAUACAAUUUUAGUAAUAUCACGUUCCCGACCCCUAUAUCUGAUAUUGUAAAAUUUGAAAAAAAUAACGUCAACGUAUCCGUAAAUGUUUAUGGGUUGGAUAAAAAAUUUCAGCCACUACGCAAAUGUAUGACGUAUGAAGUGUACCCGCUACGUAUUGUUGACGAUGAGAAGGCUGACCACUUCGAUCUACUAUUGGUGACGGAUGAAGAAAGCUCUCAUUAUGUGUAUAUAUCGAAUUUUUCCCGACUCAUUCGCGCGCAGAAAACUAGACAUACAGAGAGAGUUGUGUUCUGUAAGAGAUGUUUCACGUCAUUCGAUAGUCAAAGUUUGAAAUUCAAGUUGGGUGGACAGGCGGGACUGCAACAGCAUAAGCUGAUUUGUGGUGUACAAAAGCCUAUAUUACCUUUGAUGCCGAAAGAGGGUGAUUGUCUACAGUUUGAAGCAUGGAGAAACACUCAGAGACAUCCCAUAGUAAUAUAUGCAGAUUUCGAGACUAUACUGAUGAAGACUGACGAAGCGAAGGGGAAAAACACAGAGAUAAUACAUAGACAUGAAGCGAUGAGUUAUGGGCUCAUGGUGAAGGCGAGCAAUAACGUACCGGUAGAGCUAUUAGCGAAACAUAACAUAUCAACAGAACCAAUAUUAUACCGAGGAAGUGAGAGUCGACAGGAUGUGGCGAGACAUUUUGUUAAAACAGUAUCUGAAAUAGAAUUAAACAUAGAAAAAUUAUUGAAGACGAAUAUUUCGAUAAACAUGACUAUGAGUGACGUUCAGACUCACGAAGCAGCUACACAGUGCAACCUCUGUCGAAUCAAGUUCACAUCACCCACAGAAAUACAGCAUCGUAAGACAGCCGACCAUUGCCAUCUCUCAGGAAAAUAUCGUCAAGCUAUAUGUAACACAUGUAAUCAAAAACUUCAAACACCAAUUUUUGUACCGUGCUACUUCCACAACUUAUCGAACUACGACGCGCACCUGAUAGUCAAAGAACUUAGUCAUGACACCUAAGCCAUUAGAGUAAUAUCGAACAGUGAGGAAAAAUACAUAUCAUUCUCUAAAUACGUGUCAAAUAAAUUUUCAAUCCGCUUCAUAGACACUUUUCGGUUUAUGGCAUCAGGACUGUCAACUCUAGCCAAAAAUCUUGUGACACCGGGUCUAGAGAACUUCAGAGAGACCGCUAAAGUUUUCGAUGAAGUCGAUAUGUCACUCGUGACUCGGAAGGGGAUUUACCCGUACGAGUACACGGAUGGAUGGAAGCGGUUAGAUGAAGUAAGACUACCUAGGAAGAAAGAAUUUUAUAGCACGUUAAAUGAGUCGGGAAUAAAGGAAGAGGAAUAUGAUCACGCGAAGGCGGUCUGGGACCACUUCGGUUGUAAGACGUUGGGCGAGUACAGUGAUUUGUAUUUGAAAAUCGACGUUUUGUUGUUGGCAGACGUCUUUGAGAAUUUUCGCGAUGUCUGUAUGAAAACGUAUAACCUUGAUGCCGCUUACUACUUUACCGCACCUGGGCUGAGCUUUGACGCAAUGAUGAAAUUUACAGGUCAAAAGUUGCAGCUGUUGACUGAUUAUGACAUGUUAUUGAUGUUUGAGGAUGGUAUUCGUGGUGGAUUAGUACAGGCAAGCAUGAGGUACGCGAAGGCGAAUAAUAUAAAGACCCCAGACUAUGACAAGACUAAGGAUAAAUCUUGGUUGAUAUAUCAAGACUGUAAUAAUCUCUAUGGUUGGGCUAUGAGUCAGUACAUGCCAUACGGUAACUUCAACUGGGUUGAAUCCAACCUGAACGGACUGAGCAAGAUGUCACCAACGUCAGAUAAAGGACGAGUAUACGAAGUCGAUAUCUCAUACCCACAACACUUACACGAUCAUCAUAACGAUCUACCUUUCCUACCACAAAACGGUAUACCACCAGGUUCGAAGGUAAAAAAAUUGAUGGCAACGUUUCAGCAGAAGAGGAAUUAUAUUAUUCAUUAUAGGAACCUGCAGCAGGCAAUUGAAAAUGGGUUGAUAGUUGAUAAAGUACAUAGAGUUUUAGAGUUCAGUCAGUCUGCAUGGUUAGCAGAUUACAUUAACUUAAACACUGAAAUGAGAAAGAAGGCAAAGAAUGACUUUGAGAAGGACUUUUUCAAAUUAAUGAACAACGCAGUAUUUGGGAAGACUAUGCAAUUGAAAAGGAAAGAAAUGAAGAUGGAGUUAGUGUCGUGUGAGAGACGAUUACAAAGACUUAUUAAUAAAACGACAUUUAAGCAUACGACUAGGUAUAGUGAAAACCUGAACGCUGUCGCACUGGAAAACAAAAUAAUAAAAUUUGAUAAACCUAUCUAUAUUGGAUUUGCUGUACUUGACAUCUCCAAGACGAUGAUGUACGAUUAUCAUUAUAAUGUUAUGAAAAAACAUUAUACUGAUAAUAUCAAGGUUAUGUAUACUGACACAGAUUCAUUGAUAUACUUUAUUAAAACCGAUGAUUUUUAUAAAGACUUACUUGACAACUCCAACUUGAUGGGACUGGAUACGGCGGACUUACCUCCUAUCCACCCGUGCUACACUACAGCUAGGAAAAAGGUGCCAGGCUUUUUCUCAGACGAGGUAAAAGGACAUACGAUGACCGAGUUUUGCGCACUACGUGCAAAAUCAUACGCGUACAACAAAAAUGCAGGAGAAGAGAAUGCGGUGAGAGAUAAGGACGAUAAGGAUAAAGUUGAUGGAGAAAAUAUCAAGGCUAAGGGAGUAAGACAGUAUGUGGUUAAAAACCAUAUGACGUUGGAGGAACAUAGAAGGUGUUUGUUUGAUGAAGGUAGAGUGGAGGCAUAUAAAGAUAAUAUAUCAAUCAGAUCGUUCAAACACCAGCUCAUGACAAUAAAAACAAAAAAGUUAACAUACAACAAUUAUGACGACAAGCGAGUGGUAUUGAUUGAUAAAAUACAUACCUUAGCUCAUGGACAUUACAGGAAGACGAACCUGGAGAAGCUGAGGAGUGGUCAGAACUUGAUUUUGAGGUAGAUGGUGAAGGACGUAGAUGGUUAGAUUUUGAAAAAAGUUUUAUGAGAGAGCUUCUUCAGUACAGUACUAAAUAAUCCUACCACUGUUUUUAAAAAUAUUAUAUAUAUAUUCAAUUUGUAAAUAGCACUGUAUAUAUU